AUGGCAUUUCAAGUACAACAUAUGCAUGAUGAACAACAUACACAUUACAAGCACAACAAUGAGAUCAACAAUAGUCAUAUCAAUAGCAUUAGUACUGAAGAUGUAUUGCGAUCUGAUGAUGUUCUUUAUGUCAACGAUCGUGAGGUUCUUGAUAGCAAUGUGAUUCCACAACACUAUGAUCUGAGGAUCAAGAUAAUGGAUGCAGGAUUUGGAGGUGCAGUUGGGAUUGCGAUUGACAUCAAGAAUGCAACACGUUCUAUUGUGUUGAAUGCAGUCGAUCUAGAAAUUUCAAAUGUAAAGCUUAUUGCUGGUGGAAUACAUCAUGUAGGAACAGUACAACCAGAUUUACAGUUGAAUAUGCGUGAGCAGAUAAAGAUUGUAUUUACAGAGGAUGUGAAAGGGCCAGCAUAUAUUGUAUUGCAAUUCAGUGGAACAUACUCAACAGGAUUACGUGGGUUGUAUUGCAUUACAGCAUGCACGAACAAUCACAGUAUUACAAAUGAUAGUAUUGUGAAUACAGGGAUUGAGAGAGAUGAAUCAAAUAUGAAUGAUAGAAAUACACAGCAAUGCUCACGUGUGUACUGCACGCACUUUGAACCAAGUGAUGCACGAAGGAUGUUUCCAUGUUUUGAUCAACCUGAUAUGAAGGCAACAUUCAGUAUCAGUGUGGAUGUUUCAAAGACACUGGUUGUGCUUUCUAAUACAGAUGCAGUGGAUGAGUUGCGUGAGGAGUAUGGAGAUCGUAAGAUUGAGUAUUUUGAGCGCACAUGCCGAAUGGCAACAUACGUAGUUGCGAUACUUGCAGGAAGUCUUGAUUAUGUAGAGGGAGUGAGUAUCAGCGGCAUCCGGGUGCGAGUGUAUGGCGUAACUGGAGUCUCGGAUAAGCAGAGCAGGAAGUAUGCGCUUGAGAUUGGGUUGAAGAGUGUGGAGUAUUUUGGAGAGUAUCUUGGCAUGCGUUAUGUGAGCUGUGGAUCUAGUGCAAAGAUUGACAUGGUUGGUGUUCCUGAGUUUGGAGCAGGAGCUAUGGAGAAUUGGGGACUUGUGGUGUACCGUACUGAGAAUCUUGAAGUGAUGGCAGCACCAGAAGAUGUUGUUCAUGGGAAUAUGACUGAUGUUGAUAAAGAUGAUAGGAAUGAUAAAAAUGAAGGAGAUAAGAAUAUAAAUGGUGUUGAUGAUAGAGAUAAGAAUGAUGGUAAAGAUGAUAAGAAGAAUGUUAUGAAUCAAAGUAAUAAUAAUAACAAGAAUAACAUCAUUGAUAGAGAUAAGAAUAUAGUUGAUGUAGAUGAAGAUAAUAUGCAACAGAUUCGUGAGACAGUGAGCCAUGAGAUUGCACACAUGUGGUUUGGUAACCUUGUUACAUUACGAUGGUGGGAUGAGUUAUGGGUUAACGAAGGAUUUGCAACAUGGGCAUCGCUGAAGUGCCUGCAGGAGGGAUGGGGAGCAGAUGAGGAAUUAAGGUUUGUCAAGGACAGACUUGCAAGCAGCAUGCGUGAAGAAGGAAAUGGACGAGCAGUGCGUGAUAAGGUGAUGAGUGGAGCAUCAGCAGCAGGACGGUUUGACUCGGUGAGGUAUGGGAAGUCAGCAAGUGUGAUACGGAUGGUCGAGAAGUAUGUUGGUGUUGAUGUUAUGCGUGAUGGCAUAAAGAUAUAUCUGAAGAAGCAUAAGUAUGGGAAUGUGAGUGGUAGUGAAGUGUGGAAAGCAGUUGGUGAGUGCUGGAAGCGUAUAAAAAGAGAAAAUGAUAGCGUAGGUAUUAAUGAAGAUAGUAACAAUGAUACAUCUGGAACAGAGAUAUCUCAGAUGGUUCGUGAAUGGAUGGAACAAGAAGGAUAUCCAGUAGUACAUGCGUAUGAGAAAGAUGGAGCAAUAGUAUUGACACAGAGUAGAUAUUGUAGCUCACGUAUGAAUGAAGAAGUAAUGAAUGUGAAUAAUAAGAGUGAUGAAAGUAGAAAAGUGAAUGAAGUGGUUGAUAUUGGAAAUGGAAAGAGCAUGAAUAAAAGUAAUAGAUUGAGUGAUGAAAGGGUUGAUAAGAACAAUUAUGAUGUAGGAUGUGAUAUAGCAAAACAUCUAUGGAGAAUUCCAGUUGGUAUUAUGUGGGAAGACGGUAGCAUAGACACAGUAUUACUUUCAACGUCUGAGAAGCGAGUAGUACUUAGAACACAACGGUACAAACUGAAUGCAGGAUACGCAGGUUACUUCCGAGUGCAUUAUGAAACAGAUGGAGGAGUACUGAAUGCACUGAUGGUAUCUGGAGACUCUGAGAUUGAUCAGGCGAAUGUUAUUGAGGAUGUGUUUGAGUUGGCAUAUGCUGGAUACAUGAGUGUUGGAGCCGUAAUGCGAGAUGUGUUAUUAUGGGGUAUUACUGGACCAUGGAGAUGGGGAAUUCAACAGAAGCAUGAUGAUAUGAAAAUGCAUAAGGAUGAUAACGAUGAAAAAAAGAAAAUCCAUAGUGAUAACAAUAAGAAGAAUGAUAAAGAUGAAAAUGAAAAUAAGAAGAAAGAUAACGAUAACAAUAGGAAAAAUGAACAGGAUUUUAUUUCAAUCAAUGGAAUUGAGAUGUUGAAUGAAGUAAAAAUGAUUGAUGAUACUGAUAGAGUAGGAGAUGGACUGCGUAUGAAUAAAAUGGAAGGAGAGGUGUAUAAAGUAAGGAAUGCACCUGAUAAUGUUGUUAAGGGAGUUGUAGGUAAACUUCUUGUUGUAUGGGGAGAACUUUAUGAAGAUGUGGAGGUGCGUCAAGUGAUUGAACGAGCAAUCUGGGAAAUAAUUGGAAAGAUCGUAGAAGGAAUGAAUAUUUGUGUAGAAGGAGUGAAUAAUAAUGAAUCAGAGAAUAGGAAGAGUGAUUGGAAUCCAAAAAAGAAUGCAAAGAGAAUGAAUGGUUAUGAUAGAGAUUGCAUAGAGAAAGCAAGUAGUGAGAUGCAGAAGUAUGCGUUGGAGGUUGGUGUGAUGAUGGGAAGACAGGAAGCAGUAGAGAAGGCACGGAAUGCAUAUGAGAGAGGAACAAGUCGGAUACACAUGCCUGCAAUGGUUGGAGCAGUUGCAGAUGAACGAAUUGAAGAGAUGAUGCAGAGGUAUGCAGGAGCAGGUAAGGAAUGGCGUAAAUGGGUGAUAGAGGGAAUGAGCGGAUUGAUGAAAGAGAAGAGUGUGAAAUAUGUGCUUGAUGAAGUGUGCAAGAUGUCUAGACUAUGCAUGUAUAUGAAUGGCAAAUGUGAAGAUGGUACAAAUCGAUGUGCUAAUAACCUGGAUUAUAGUAAUCUCAAAGUGAAUAUUAAUAGCUCUGAUGAGAAGAAUCAAGAAGUGAAUAAAGAGGAAGAUCGAAUAAGGAUAUUGAGAAUGAUCGCUGAUGGUGGAGUAGUGGAUAAAGCAAGAAAUGUAGUAAGUGAUGAAACAGGAGAAAUUUUAGAUGAAGAAGAGAUUGGAAUAGCAGAUAUAGUUGAUAUACUCAGAGGAAUCUGGAGAGGAGGCAAGUUCCGAGAAAUGAUUGCAGAGUAUGUACUACGGAUGUGGGGAGAGAUACAGAAAGCAGCAGGGAUGAACGGAAUGAUACUGCGUGAUGCAGCAGAGAUGGUUGGUGGGAUACGCAAUGUGUCUGUAGGAGUGAAAUAUGGAGAUGAGCAGAAAGGUAAGGAUUGGGAGCUUGCAGGUAAAAAGGUGAUUGAAGAGAUUAGGUUCCGUGAGAGAUUACGAGAAAGACGAGAUGAGAUUCUGAAGGAGUUGAUGACAUUGUUUGAUUCAGAUGAAUGGAAAGCACUAGAGAGUUCAUGA